UGCGGAGAAUUUCUACACGGAAAGGGUGAUGGACAUUGGAACGGGCUGCCCAGGGAGGUGGUGGGGUCACCGUCCCUGGAGGUGUUUAAGGAAAGAUGGGAUGUGGCGCUCAGUGGACACGGUGGUGCUCGGUCAUGAGCUGGAGUCGAUGCUCUCAGAGUAUCUUGCAAGUAGUAAAUGCGGGGAGUAUGUUGACAUUGGAAUUCUAGCAUCUGAUUUGCAGAAAACCUACAGUGUAGAUUAUGGACGAAGAAAAAGAAAUGCCUUUAGAAUACAAGUUGCAAAAGUGUUUGAAAUAAUCAGUAAUGAAAAAGAACGUGAAGAUUUGGCAGUUUUAGAAUCUGAACAUGUGGCAAAAAGAGCAAGACAACAAGAGAAAAAUGGGACUACUGGAAGUGGCACAGAUGACUCUGACUAUGAUGAUUAUCCAGAAGAUUUAUCUGCAAACCAGAUGAACAGUUCCUUGUUAAGCUUAUACAAGAAAGGAAAUCCUGAUUCUGUUCCACCCACUCCACAAAAUGACCCAGUGGAGACCUCUCCUUGCGUGAGAACAGCACCUCAAACAAGCACCCUCACACCAGGAUCCAGAGGUGAAAGAUGGAUCUCUGAUGGUGGCUGGUUCAUUGAUAAAACUCCUGAUGGGAAAGACUUCUUCAUUGACCUUUCUGAGGAUGGGGAAGGAGAGGAAAAGAGACCCAUUUCUGAGAAAUCAACAGAAUUUUCUGUCUUGGAGAGUGAAAGAAAGAAGACAAAGGGCAGGAGAGCAAAAAGAAAAAAAGGAGAAUUUGCAGAUGUAGAUGGGGAAAUUGAAUCCAUGUUACUUAAGAAAGUGAGAAAUAAGGGUUCAGAGCUUUACCACCCUUCAGUGAAGUUUGAGGAUGUAGGAGGCAAUGAUGAAACAUUAAAGGAAAUAUGCAAGAUGCUCCUCCACAUCCGUCAUCCUGAGGUUUACACCCACUUAGGAGUGGUUCCACCUCGGGGCUUUCUUUUACAUGGGCCACCAGGAUGUGGGAAGACACUGCUGGCGCAGGCAAUUGCUGGGGAGCUUCAGCUCCCAAUGUUGAAGGUGGCAGCAACAGAGAUUGUGUCUGGAGUGUCGGGGGAAUCUGAGCAGAAACUGAGGGAACUGUUUGAGCAGGCUGUGUCCAGCGCUCCGUGUGUCCUUUUCAUUGACGAGAUCGAUGCGAUCACCCCAAAGAGAGAAGUCGCAUCGAAGGACAUGGAGCGGAGGAUUGUAGCUCAGUUCCUGACUUGCAUGGAUGACUUGAAUAAUGUGGCUGCAACUACCCAGGUCCUUGUUAUUGGAGCAACAAACAGACCUGACUCUCUGGACCCUGCACUGAGGAGAGCUGGGAGAUUUGACAGAGAAAUUUGUUUAGGGAUCCCAGAUGAAGGGGCAAGAGAGAAGAUUCUUCAGACUUUGUGUCGAAAACUGAAGCUGCCUGAGGGGUUUGAAUUCCGUCAUUUGGCACGGCUGACUCCGGGCUUUGUGGGGGCUGAUCUGAUGGCCCUGUGCCGUGAGGCAGCCAUGGGCACAGUCAACAGGGUCCUGAUAACUUCUGAGCAGCACAGGAGGGAACACACACACUCUGGGGGGAGCACAGCUGAAGGAAGCCCAGGGACAGGAACAGACAUCCUGGUGGAAGAGGGCACCAACCAACCAGAACUUCCACCUAAGGAUGAAUUGCAGAGACUUUUGGGUUUGCUGAAGGAGCAGGCCCCCUUGCCUGAGGAACAGCUGCAGAAGCUGUGCAUUGAGAUGAAUGAUUUUAUUGUUGCACUGUCAUCAGUGCAGCCCUCUGCCAAGAGAGAAGGCUUUGUCACCAUCCCUGAUGUGACAUGGGCAGACAUCGGAGCCCUGCAGGAUGUUCGGGAGGAGCUGACUAUGGCAAUAUUGGCUCCUGUGCGAAACCCAGAGCAGUUUAAAGCUCUGGGCCUGACUACUCCAGCUGGUGUCCUGCUUGCAGGGCCUCCAGGGUGUGGCAAAACACUAUUAGCUAAGGCUGUGGCAAACGAGUCUGGGCUGAACUUCAUAUCUGUGAAAGGUCCUGAGCUGCUAAAUAUGUAUGUUGGUGAAAGUGAACGUGCUGUACGUCAGGUAUUCCAGCGUGCCAGGAAUUCAGCCCCCUGUGUAAUAUUCUUUGAUGAAGUUGAUGCUUUGUGCCCUCGGAGGUCUGACCAUGAAUCAGGAGCCAGUGUGCGGGUAGUGAACCAGCUCCUCACAGAGAUGGAUGGGCUGGAGAAUCGCCAGCAGGUUUUCAUUAUGGCAGCCACAAACAGGCCAGAUAUAAUUGACCCAGCUAUCCUGCGUCCUGGUAGGCUGGAUAAAACACUCUAUGUGGGUUUGCCACCACCUGAAGAUCGACUUGCUAUUUUGAAGACCAUCACCAAAGAUGGCACCCGGCCUCCCCUAGAGAGUGAUGUGAGCCUGGAGGAGAUUGCUUACAGUCAGCACUGUGAUUGUUUCACAGGGGCAGACCUUUCAGCUCUCGUGCGUGAGGCUUCUGUUUGUGCCUUGAGACAGGAAAUGGCCCUGAAGAAUACUCAAAGCAAGAAGGGAGAAAUCAGGAUUUCUCGUAAACAUUUUGAAGAAGCUUUUAGGAAAGUGAAGUCUUCAGUGUCCAAGCAGGAUCGAAUAAUGUAUGAAGAACUGCAUCAGUCGCUGUGCAGCUGAUACAUUUGGGUAAUUCCCAAAAGCUACUAACUCUACACUGGUGAAGAGUUCUGCAGUUCCUGUGCCUGUUUUCAAGAGCCAGGUUGGAAAGAAGAUGUACUAAAUCCAUCUCUCAACUUUUUAUACUGCACCUGGAAAAAAGGAAUUCACAACCGACUGCUCUAACGCAUCCUUAAUUUAACUGUCUCCAGAAUAAAAGAUACAAUACAUGCUUCCUUCUUAUAACUAUUUGCAUUUUCCAAAUGAAUGCUUUUAGUGCUAAAAAGCUAAUACUAUUCUGACCUAUUUGGUGCCCUGAAUCAGAAAUCUCUAAGGCUAACUCUUCCAAGUGUUUACACUGCUCAAAUAGCUGUUUUCAAUAAUCAGAGAAAAUUGCUGUGUUUUCCAGAACAAGGACAAGGAAAGAAGCACUGGGAGGACAGAGCUAUGAAAGUAGGCUGGGAAAGUGCUGCACUGGAUGUUAUCACACCAUUAAUCAUGCAUUUUCAGAGUACAGUGACACAUGAUUAUGCCAGCACAGGUUCUCAGAGCUGCUAACAGCUUCCUUCCACCUCACCAAAAUAAACUGCCCACAGAAAGUUGGGAUGGUUACCUAUGAGAGGGUGAAGUUUCGAAAUUGCAGAAGUGCUAUGACACUAUGCUUCAGCCUAGGAAACAUUUGAGAGGUACUUAACAAGCUGGUUCUUAAUUAUUUUUCUUAAACAGAUAAAUUUUCAGUAUCAUGAAGUAUUUAAGUUAAGAUAAAACACUGAAAAGUGACAGCGCCUACAACCUACAAGCCUUCAGGGAAAAAACCCAAUGAAAUAGUUUUUGUAAUCAACAUCUCAUCUGUAGUAUCCCCCCUACCUAUUUAAGAGAGAGAGCAUUUAAUCUCCUACUUGAAUUCAUUUAAACAAAUACCCUGAACAAUCAGAUCUAACUUUUAAGACUGGCCUUGAUAGAGAAUAGUACCUUACAUCUUAAAUUCUAACAAGAAAUCCUGCUGCACCUUUUUACCCAAAGGUACAUGUUGAAGAUGAUCACAUGUAACUUACCACCACAGACUUGCAUUUAAAAAAUAUCAACGCUCAUGGCAGCUUGUUUUUACCAGUGGGAUUUUUGCUUAACAUGGGAUGACAUGAAGCUGGAGCCUCAGUGACUCAAAUUCUGACUCAUAAGACUAACAAAUUAAGUCCCUGUAUAUAAAGCAGAUGAUGAUGAUGAUGUGCCUGCUUUUAAUUGUAAAUCAUGCUUGAAGUUUCAGCUAUGAUUCCCAGAAAUCCAAGAUAAGCAUCAUCAUUUUCAAUCAAUACCAGGUUGGAAGGAAACCAGUGAUCAUCUGGUUCAACCUUUCUUGGAAAAAAGCCCAAUCUAGACGUGAUGGCCCAGCACUCUGUCCAGCUAAGUCUUACAAGAGUCUGACACUGGGGAAUCCACCACUUCCCUGGGAAGAUUCUUCACAAUGAGAACAAUCAACUAGUGGAAUAG